AUGGAGGGAGAUUUGACAGAGUUCCUACAGAAAUUUUCCCUUGAAGGGAAUGAGCUGCUAGGACCUACGUUGGAGCUAGAGGACUUUCAUACGGGGGUGAGAGCUUGUGAGAACAGCAUUAUUGGUAGAGUUAUAGGAGAAAAAAUUAUUAAUUUCAUUGGAAUUAAAAACUUUGUGGCUGUGGCCUGGGGGUACCCCAGGAAUUUGUUUGUGGUGGAACUGGGACCUAACGUGUUCCAGUUCAACAUUCAAAAUCCUGAUGAUCAGAAUAGAAUAGUAGAGGGAGGGCCUUGGGUUAUAGACAAUCAGAUGUUAGUUCUGAAAAGAUGGGUAGAAGGUAUAGAAGAGGAUUACAAAGCCUUUAUGACAGCACCUCUAUAUGUGCAACUCUGGAACUUACCAGUUCACUGGCUUUCUAAGGAGAUUGGAAAAAAGAUAGGAGGAGUUUUUAUUGAAGUUAGAGAGGUCUUAGUCCCACAGUCCGGAGGGAAUGAGGGUAGACAUUUGAAAGUGUUAGCUUUGGUUGAUCUAUCUAAACCUCUUCUCAGAGGCACCGUGGUCAGGAUUGCAGGAGCCGGAAAAUGGAUAGCUUUCAAAUAUGAAAGAUGUCCGGAUUUCUGUUAUAACUGCAGGAUUGUAGGACACAGUGAGAGGUCCUGCAAAGAAAAGCGAUGGUUAGGAGGUAACAAUGCUGAGAACCAGUACGAUCCUUGGUUGAGAGCAGGGAACACUAGGACUUCACCUCAGAAAAAAAAUUGA